AUGCCGUUCAAGCUAGGCGAGAAGCUGACAAAGCCAAGGCUGAUGCUGCUGGUGUCGAAGAUCUUCGGAAACGUCUUCACGAUGCCGAGACUUCAUAAGACCUCUCAAGAAUUUGAGCUUGAAGAUCCCGACAAUGAUCCUCUUCUUGACGCCGUUUCGUUCCUUGAAUUUCAUGGGACAGAAGCACGUGAGGGCAUUGAUGAAGCCAGGACAGGGCUGUCGCGGCUCUUCCCCUACUUCUUCCCGAAGAAAGAGGAACCCACAACUUUCCUUGCUCUUGCCAAGUGUUUUAAUCCACCCGAAGAUCUUGGGCUGAAGAUGCGUCAUGAAAAUAUGAAGGUUGCCGUUGAAAGCACUGUUGCCUUGGUUGCUGAUAGUCAACAAACCAUUGACUGGGCGAAAGUGGGCGACACGGAGCAGAUAGAACAAGCAAAAUGGCGAUCAUUGAUCAAGGCAGCAAAGCUUAACACGAAGAAAAUCCUGUCUUAUCUCGGGAUCAAGCCAUCUUCAACUCCUAGCUCGUCAAGGCCGGAGUUAAUUUUUGACAACUAUACGUCAACUCCUGGUCCUUCCGAAGUUUUCCCUUCGUUCCUUCCGAAGAAAACCCCUGUCACUGUUAAUUUUGUUGACGAUUCUGCGAGUAAGGAUUCAGCAGAAGAGUUGGAAGAACUUCGAGGACAACUUCAAUCCACGAAAAAGCAAUCCCUUAUGCUUAUGGAACAAUCUAGAAAAUCUUCGGAAAGGGAAAAAAUUGCGCUCCAACAAGCUCAAGAUGCCAUAACUGAAAAGGACGCCGCUGUUGCCGAAGCUGCUGCAGCCACAACCCGCGAAAUUUUUAUGCUUCAACUGCUGACAGAUGCUAGCUUGGAUAUGGCAGAAUAG